CUGUGUGUCACGUGACCCUGCCCUGAUCAGCUGACCUGCGAAGAGCAGAAGCCAGGAAGGAUGGAGGCCCUCCUGGGCCAAGUGGAGAGGGACCUGGGUAUCGGCCGUGGUCAGUUGGCAGCCGCGGCGGGCGGUGCUCACCUGGUGGCGUUGGUGCCUCAGAAGUGGCUGUCCAGCCUGAAGGAGCGUCCUGCCUUUCCACCCGGUCCGUGUCCACGGCCGGAGGGUCUGAGCGAGGUGGAGGUCCGCACCUGCCUGCAGCCCUCAGUGCAGAAGCUGCCCGCCGGAUGGGUGCGCGUGGAGAUCCACGGCCUGCGGAAGGAGCGGCUGCGCUACCGGAUGGCGGUUGGGUACACCGCCGAGGGCAAAGAGGGGCCGGAGACGUUGCACGGCUUCAUGCGCCAAGUGGCCGCCCAGAACUAUCGCAACCUUUGGCGGCGGGCGCACCGCCUACACGCUCGGCCCUACUCCCGGGCCCCUAGCGUGGCCUCUACCCCAGCGCUGGAGGCGCUCCGGGGGGCUCUACAGAGGCUGUAUGGUUGCCCCUGGCUCCCCUGCGCUGGUCUCCCGAAAGAGGGUCCUGCCCCGAGCAAGGUCCCCUCGUCGUCGCCGCCCUGUCCGAGCCUCCUUCCGGCGGAGGCCUUGCUGGAGUCGCCCCAAAUGCUCUACGUGCUUUUCCCCUACGUCCAGUACUGCCUCCACGACGUGGUGACCUUCAGCCCGGCCAAGCUGACCAACAGCCAUGCCAAGCUUCUCUUCGUCCUGUUUCAGGUGCUGCAAGCCAUGCAGGCCUGCCACCGAGCCGGGGUGGCGUGCGGGGCCCUCUCGUUGCGCGAAGUGGCCGUCGACGAGAAGCUCUGCGCUUGGCUCAGGGUCCGGCUGCAGGACUACGAAGAGGAGGAGGAGGAGGAAGAGAGCACGAGUCCAGUUGAACGUGGUUCUGUCGACACGCCAUCCGGCAGCACGUCGCUGGGAGAACUGGUCCAGGACUGGGUCUCCGGCCGCUUGAGCAACUUCGACUACCUGAUGCAUCUCAACCGCCUGGCGGGCCGGCGGGCAGGCGACCCCAACUACCACCCGGUGCUUCCCUGGGUGGUGGACUUCAGCACCCGCGACGGGAAGUUCCGCGACCUCCGCAAGUCCAAGUUCCGCCUCAACAAGGGCGACAAGCAGCUGGACUUCACCUACGAGAUGACCAAGCAGGCCUUCGCGGCCGGGGGUGGGGGGCCAGGAUCUGGCGAGCCCCCCCACGUGCCGCACCACGUCUCGGACGUGCUCUCGGACAUCACCUACUACGUCUACACGGCCCGCCGGACGCCCCGAUCGGUGCUGUGUGCCCACGUACGCUCCCAGUGGGAGCCCAACGAGUACCCGGCCAGCGUGGGCCGAAUGCAGGGCUGGACCCCCGACGAGUGCAUCCCCGAGUUCUUCUCGGACCCGGACGUCUUCCGCUCCAUCCACCCGGACAUGCCCGACCUGGAAGCGCCCCCUUGGUUUGGCUCCGGGGAGGCCUUCGUGGCCGCGCACCGGGCCCUGCUGGAGAGCAAGGAGGUGUCCCAGGACCUCCACCACUGGAUCGACCUGACCUUCGGCUACAAGUUACAGGGCCAGGCGGCCGUGCAGGAGAAGAACGUCUGCCUCCACUUGGUGGACAACCAUACCCAUCUGACCAGUUUUGGGGUCGUCCAGCUCUUCGAUCAGCCACACCCCCGACGUCCAGCGGGACUCCCCCCACCCGAGGCCCCCAUCGCUGCCCGACCCCUCCUCCCCGCCGUCCGCGAGGCCCGCGUCCUCGAGGGACCCCCCUCCGACGUCGCCUUGGAGGAAGAAGAGGUGGAACAAGGGGCCGAAGCCUUGGAGGCCCUCCCUGCGCCCGGGCGAGGCGGGACACCAGUAGAGCUUCCGAGCACGUCUCCCACGGAAAGCAAGACUCAGGGCCGGAGGACGAACAAAGGUCUGGCCGCGGAAACCGGGGAGGCCAAGAUCCACCUCCCAGACGGCUUCCGCCCGCUGCAGCCGCUGGAGGAGCUGGAGAAGCUGCACGCCUUCCUUCAGCGAGCGGUGCAAGGGACCGGAAAACAGGCGGAGGAGCUCCUCGACGGAACUCCCGUCUCCCUUUCGGACCUCUUCCAACGGGACAUGCAGGCUUUGGGCGUUCUGGUGGCUGAGAUCGUCUUCGCCCCCAGGCUGCGGACGGUGGGUCCUGAGGCCUCACUUUGGGAGCGCCACCAGGCAGCCGUUGCACUGUGCCGCUUGCACCCCAAGGAGAUCCCGCCACCCUUGCAACACCUCUUGGACAUCUUGCUGCAGCUCCGGGAGGAGGGCCAGACGUGUAGUGGGGCCGCCGGGCGGAAGGGUCCUCUGUUCGCGUACGAGCCGGUGUGGCAGGGACUGCCUCCACCAAGCCCCGCACAGCUGCUGAGCCCCUUCAGUGGGGUGCUGCCCUUCCCGGCUUACUUCCCGGCGCUGCACCGCUUCGUCCUGACCUGCUCCCUGCGCCCCGCACGGGCGGAGGAGGGCCACGGCCGCGAGCUGGUCUUCCGCCUGUGGCAGCAGUUGGAGGCCGUCCUGGCCGCUGUCACCCCCGAGGGCCUGGAGAUCUUGCUGCCCUUCGUGUUGGCCCUGAUGUCCGGUGAGCAGACCGCCGUACACGCCGCCUGGUACCUCUUUGAGCCUGUCGCCCGGGCGCUGGGCCCGCGUAACGCCAACAAGUACCUGCUGAAGCUGCUGGUGGCCGCCUACGAGAACCCCCGUGGACCCCGCGGCCGGUUCUACCUCUACACGGACUGUUUCGUGGCCCAGCUGCUGGUCCGUCUCGGGCUGCCGGUCUUCCUCUCCAGCCUCCUUCCGCACAUCCUGCAGGUCUUGGUGGCCGAGGGGGGAGCUGCGGAUGCCUUGCAGGAGGAGGAGGAGGAAACUGGAGUUGGUGGCCCCGGGGAGGAGGAGGAGGACAAGGGGUCGGCGGCCCCUCGUGAACGGCUGCUGGACUUCCUUUCCGGAGUCAGCCUCCACGACCAGGGCUACCCGACGGAGGGCGAGGACUUUCCGAACGGGCUCUACGUGUCCUCGGAGGGCCCUCCGGCGGGCGAGGAGGGUGACUCCAGUAGCCUGGGCCGGGCGAGCGACCGGAGCAGCGCCAGCGAGGCGGAGGACCAGAAGGAGCGUAGCUUGGGCAGCAGCCAGGAGCUCAAGCACAGCGAGGAAGACGAGGAGGAGGAAGACGAGGAGGAGGAAGAGCAUCCCGCAGAGGAAGAAGAGGAGGAAGAAGAAGGGAUGGAGGACGAGGAUGAGGAAGAAGAGGAGGAAGGGCCCAUCAACGGCCUGUCAACGGCAACACCCGCCGGCCAUUCUCUAGACGAGGCCGAAGAUGAGGACGGCGGGGCGACCGCCGGGACCGAGCGGGACGAGCGGGGUCUGCCGCACCCCCCAGGCGACAAUGAGCGGACUGUCCUGCUGGACACGGCCUGCAAGAUGGUGCGCUGGCUCUCGGCCAAGCUCGGCCCCACCACGGCCUCCCGCUACAUCGCCAGGAACCUCCUCCGCCUCUUGACCUCCUGCUACGUCGGUCCCGCCAGACAGCAGCUUGUGCCCGGGGCGGUGUCCGAGGAUAGCGGCCCCCCGGGCGGCGGGAGCAUCUUCCAGGAGCGGUUGGUGCAGGGCGACCUGGUCUCGGAGCCCGUCCUGGCCUGCCUGGCCCACCUGGCACAUCUCUACGGGGAGCCCGUCCUCACCUACCUCUACCUGCCCUAUGCUGCCUACCUGGUGGCUCCGGGUAGUGGGGCGUCCGCCGGGCGACUGAACAGCCGCAAAGAGGCGUCUCUCCUGGCGGCCGUGACGCUGACCCGCAAGGCAGUGGCCUCCCUCUCGGACUCCACGCUGAUGGACAUCCUCCCCAAAGUCAGCCAGGAGGUCCUGCUGCCCACCCUCGACUUCCUCACUUCGCCCACCAUCAGCUUCCCCGGCGGAGCCCAAGCCCGGACCGCCCUCUGCCUCAAGACCGCCAGCCUGGCCGCCCUGGUUUGCCUGCGCAUCGGGGCGGAGAUGGCGCAGCUGCACCUGAGCGACACUCUGCGCAUGUUCUUCCAAAGCUUUUCCGUCUUGGAGCAGGACGUGAUGCUGCAGCCCCCCGGUGUGAGGACGUCUCCCCCGGACCCCUCGGCUCUUUUGGAGCUGCAGAAAGUCUUCAGCCCAGAAAUGGCCUACAUGACCUUCGUCCCCUUCUCCUGCUUGUUAGGGGAAGUGAUGCGGGCCGUCGUCCCCAACCACACCACGGUGGGUCACCUGGCGGGGCUUUCCCUGCCCAGUGUGGGCCCCCGGAGCCAGCUGUGCCCCAGCGACGCAGGUCCGGAGGCGCCACCUCCACCCCACUCACCGGAGCCCCCACUGUGUGGCAGUGGGGCCAGCGAGGAGGGCCGCUCGGGCACCUUUGGUGGCGUGCUGGUGGGCAACCGGCUGCAAGUGCCGGCGGUGGCGGAGGGUCCCGCACGGCCGACCCCGAAGGAGGGCCUCCCCCGCAGUGCCCGGCAGCUGAGCGGCAACUGGCUGGCCUACUGGCAGUACGAGAUCGGGGUCAGCCGCCAGCAAGAGGCCCGCUUCCACUUCCACCAGAUCCGGCUGCAGGGCUUCGUGGGCCACACUGGCGCCGUCAAGUGCCUGGCCCCGCUCUCCGGGGAGGACUUCUUCCUCAGCGGUGGGAAGGACCGCAGCGUGCGCCUCUGGCCCCUCUACAGCCACGGGGACGGUGCCCACGAGGCCCCGCCACGGCUCACCUACACCCAGCACCGCAAGCCAAUCUUCUACGUGGGAACCCUGGAAGGGCCCCAGCUGGCCCUCAGCUGUGACAGUGCCCUCCACCUCUGGGACCCCUUCACCGGGAAAGCCGUCCGCACCUUUGAGGCUCCGGACCACAAGGCGCCCAUCACGGCCGCCAGCGCCAUGCCCGCCCCCUUUGGCAGCGCCUGCGUGGCCAGUGCCGACUCCGUCCUGCGCUUCAUCGACCACCGCAAGCCAGGCGUCCAGCACGAAUUCCGGCUGGCCAGCGGGGUCAACGCAGGCCUCAUUCGCUGCCUGGCGGUCAGCCCAAGCGGCCGGAGCGUGGUGGCCGGCUUCUCCUCAGGCUUCAUGGUGUUGCUAGACACUCGCACGGGGCUGGUCCUGCGGGGCUGGCCGGCUCAUGAAGGGGACAUCCUUCAGGUCAAGGCCACGGAGGGCAACCUGUUGGUGAGUGCCUCCUCGGACCAGGCGCUGACGGUGUGGAAGGAGCUGGAGCCCAAGCCGGUGCAAAGCUACAAGUCUCCCUGGGAGCCGGUGCACGCCUUUGACCUCUUCCCGGGCGGGCAGGUGGUGGCCGGGACGGCGGGCAACCGCAUUGGGGUCUACGCCCUGCAGGAGCCGCUUCCGCCCAGCUUCACCAAGCUCAGCUCUGAGAACUUCCGGGGGACCCUCACCAGCCUGGCGGUGCUGCCUACCAAGGGCCAGCUGCUCCUGGGCUCCGACAACGGUGCCCUCCGCCUCCUGGCUUGACCACCUUAUCCUCACCGGACCUGGCCACUCGGGGAAAAGUUUGGGGGAAAGCCCUAUAUAAACAAAGCACUUGCAUCUUGCCCAGAAAUGGGUUGCAAUCGAUUGUACAAACAUGCAAAUAGGAAUAAACACUGUGGAGCUUGCAA